GUGGUGGCGUCCAUAGAAUCCGGCAGUCUGUCCAUCAUCGCCUCAACGCUUGACUCGCUGCUGGACCUGCUGUCGGGGUUCAUCCUCUGGUACACGGCGCGCUCCAUGCGCCGCCACAACCCCUACAAGUACCCCAUCGGCAAGGCGCGCAUGCAGCCCCUGGGCAUCAUAGUGUUUGCAUCCAUCAUGGCCACUCUCGGCUUCCAGGUGCUGCUGGAGGGCGUCAGGCGCCUCACAGACUCGUCCCACGAUGCAGGGCUGGGCAGCAAGUGGCAGGUGUAUGUGGGCAUCAUGCUGUUCGCAAUCGCAGUCAAGUCAGCGCUCUAUUUCUACUGCCGCAUGUUCCCCAACAACGACAUUGUCAUGACGUAUGCCCAGGACCAUUUCUUUGACGUGGUCACCAACAGCGUUGGGCUGGGCGCGGCUGUGCUCGCAGGGGCCCUUGCCUGGUGGAUCGACCCUGUCGGUGCUAUCUUGCUCGCCCUCUACACCAUGAUCAACUGGGGCCGCACGGUCCUGGAGAACGUCAACUCGUUAACAGGCCGGUCGGCGCCGCCCGAAUUCCUGCAGAAGAUAACGUACCUGUGCUGGAACCACCACGAGGCCAUCCUCGCUAUCGACACAGUGCGCGCGUACACCUUCGGCACGCUCUACUUCACCGAAGUGGAUGUCGUGCUGCCCAGAGACAUGCCCUUAGAGGAAACGCAUGAUAUAGGAGAGGCGCUUCAGAACAAGCUGGAAAGAUUGCCUGAGAUUGAACGCGCCUUUGUGCAUUUGGACUAUGAGGUCGAGCACAGGCCGGAGCAUCAUCAGCACUCCUCGUUCCCGGCCCCCCCCGCUGCACCCACCAUCACAACUCUUCCUCCACCGGACACCCCCACGGGGUGAUUGUUCUCUCGCGGUUGGCUGGAUUAAUCCAUGGUGCAUGUUUGUUUGGCUGGUUUUGGAUAUAAUAAAGCUUCACUAUGCUGGCACAUGCAAGUGUGCCCCUAUUUUCCCCCUUAUGAAGAGCGUUGUGCGUCUUACUAUUUCCAUGGCUGUUUUUGUGCAUGGUUGUUGCUUAUUGGAUGAACCUUGGUUAUCAUUUAUUUCUGAGAUAGUAGCACCGGUAAAAGUGAUUGUUUGCGUGUUCGUUUAUAAAAAUUAAUACUUACC